CCAAUUCAUAUGCAGCAGAAAACUCUGUUUGAUGAAGAAGAAGCUCUGUUUCAUCUUCUCCAAACACACCACUCAUACUCAUGAACACUACCACAUGCUGUAGAGCUUCUUCAACCACCAACCUUGGACUUGGACCCCACCACCUUGUUCCUCUGCGACUGCACUCCAUUUCCAAACCACCAUUUCUGUCUCUCACCCUCUUCUUCCCCUUCCACCAUCACAAGACCACUCCUCUCUCCUCAACUCAGUUCAAACCCAGAACCCAUUUUGGCAAAGAAGGGAACUUCACUGCACCACAAGAAGAAGAAGAAGAAGAAGGUGACCGCGAAGUCCACUGUGAGCUCCACGUGGUUUCUUGGAGGGAACGGACAGUCAAAGCAGAGAUUUCCAUCAAUGCUGACAUUCAUUCCGUUUGGAAAGCUCUCACUGAUUACGAGCACCUCGCUGAUUUUAUUCCAAAUCUUGUGUGGAGUGGACGAAUUCCUUGCCCACAUCCGGGGCGGAUAUGGUUAGAGCAAAGAGGGUUUCAAAGGGCUAUGUAUUGGCAUAUAGAAGCUCGUGUUGUGUUGGAUCUUCAAGAGAUACUCAAUUCUGUGUGGGAUCGGGAACUUCGCUUUUCCAUGGUAGAUGGAGACUUUAAGAAGUUUGAGGGCAAAUGGUCUGUAAAAUCAGGAACAAGGUCAUCAUCAACAAUUUUAUCUUAUGAAGUUAAUGUGAUACCAAGAUUCAAUUUCCCAGCUAUUUUCUUGGAAAGGAUAAUCAGAUCUGAUCUUCCUGUUAACCUCAGAGCCUUGGCAUAUAGAGUUGAAAGGAAUAUUACGGGGAAUCAGAGACUUCCCCUGCAAGAAAAUAACUUGCAUAAAAAUUCUAUGGCUAAUGCGCCACCUGUCGAAAAGAUAAAUGGUACUUUGUGUGAAAGUGAUAAAUUGCUACCUGGAGAGAACAAAGAAGGUUUGGCCAGCUCGAUUUCUGGUUCCUUGCCCACAAGUUCCAGUGAGGUCAACAGCAAUUGGGGUGUAUUUGGAAAAGUUUGUAGACUUGACAGGCCUUGUGUGGUGGAUGAAGUUCAUCUCCGCAGAUUUGAUGGACUUUUGGAAAAUGGAGGUGUACAUCGCUGUGUUGUUGCAAGCAUAACAGUUAAAGCUCCUGUUCGUGAUGUUUGGAAUAUUCUGUCUUCCUAUGAGACUCUUCCUGAGAUAGUUCCAAAUUUAGCUAUCAGUAAGGUUUUAUCAAGAGAUAAUAAUAAAGUCCGCAUUCUUCAGGAAGGGUGUAAGGGCCUGCUUUACAUGGUGCUUCAUGCUCGGGUUGUGUUAGACUUGUGGGAGCACCUUGAACAAGAGAUCAGUUUUGAACAGGUUGAAGGGGACUUUGACUCAUUCCAGGGAAAAUGGAUUUUUGAACAACUAGGAAAUCAUCAUACACUGCUGAAGUAUUCUGUUGAGUCAAAAAUGCGCAAAGAUACUUUCCUUUCUGAAGCUAUCAUGGAAGAGGUCAUUUAUGAAGAUCUCCCAUCAAACUUGUGUGCAAUAAGAGACUAUGUUGAGAACAGGAAAGCGUCAAAUUUUUCGGAAGUUUGUGAGCAGAAUACAAAGUCAGAGCAACAAAUUAAUUCAUCUGGCUCUGGAGAUGAAGACAGCUGUGGUUCAGCUGACAACCUUUCAGAUUGCGGUGGUCAAAGCAGCUCCUGUCAACAAAGGCCAAGAGUUCCAGGCUUACAGAGGGAUAUUGAAGUCCUAAAAUCCGAACUCACGAAAUUCAUUGCUGAACAUGGACAGGAAGGAUUUAUGCCAAUGAGGAAGCAACUUCGUUUGCACAGUCGAGUGGAUAUUGAAAAGGCUAUAACCCGCAUGGGUGGAUUCAGGAAGAUCGCAACAAUAAUGGACCUCUCUCUGGCUUACAAACACCGCAAACCCAAAGGUUACUGGGACAAUCUUGAAAAUAUGCAAGAUGAGAUAAGUAGAUUUCAAAGAAGCUGGGGAAUGGACCCUUCUUUUAUGCCCAGUAGAAAGUCAUUAGAGCGCGCAGGGCGCUUCGAUAUAGCACGGGCACUGGAAAAGUGGGGUGGACUUCAUGAGGUUUCUCGCCUUCUGUCCCUCAAAGUGAGGAGGAAACGAAGCAGACAACACAACCUUGUCAAGGACAAGAAAAUUGAUCCUAUAGCAGAACCUGAUGUAGAUAGUGAGAUCAAGGAACCAUCUAGACCUUGUAUUUCUCAAGAUACACACAAGUGGCAUACAAAACUGAAACAGUUGGACAUAAAUUGGAUAGAGUAAAAACAGCAUUGAUGUACCGUAUUGGUUUUAUGUAUAUCCAUGCAUUGAUAGUAA